UCACUGAUACUCAUGUGUCCCCAGGUCACAUGCCUGAGCUGUUUGAUGCUUUCAUCUGCUACUGCAACAAGGAUAUCGACUUUGUCCACGAGAUGAUCAGACAGCUGGAGCAGACAGAGUGCAAGCUGAAGCUCUGUGUGUUCGACAGAGACGUGCUCCCUGGGACCUGUGUGUGGAGCAUCACCAGCGAACUCAUAGAAAAGAGGUGUAAGCGGAUGGUGGUGAUCAUUUCAGACGAUUACCUUGACAGUGACGCAUGUGAUUUCCAGACCAAAUUUGCCCUGAGCCUCUGCCCAGGUGCCCGCUCGAAACGCCUGAUCCCAGUCAAGUACAAGCCCAUGAAAAAGAAGUUCCCCAGCAUCCUGCGGUUCCUGACGCUCUGUGACUACACCAACCCCUGCACCACGUCCUGGUUCUGGGGCCGGCUGGCCAAGGCGCUCUCUCUCCCAUAGAUACCGGGCCAGUGCCUGUGCAUUCGGAGCAGCCAGGCCACUGAGGACAGCAUAGCCAUGGACAUGAAAGGAAAGCCAGUCUUCAUCAGGCUCAUUCUGCUUGAAACUCUGCUUUGAUACAGGGCUUGCACUGUUGCUGGAGUGUGGUCUAGAGCAGCGCUUCUCAAUCUGUGGUCUGCCGGCUCUCUUCAGGUGCUUCAUGGAAAGGCUACAUAAUUACAGUUUAUAGAUCCCAUUGCAAACCCCAAAUUUGAGACAUUAAAAAUGCAUACAGAGAAUAUCUCAGUUAAAAAAAA